AAACAGCUGAAAAUGGACAAGUUUGAAGAGGAGCGUCUGAAGAUCCCGUUUGGGCAGAAGCUCCUGGAUGCCGUCCUGUGUUCCCCCUCCUCAGCAGAAGACGUCCACACCGCCGUCAUACUCACGCACGGUGCUGGAGGAGACAUGAACUUCACACACCUGGUUUCUGUGGCUCGUGCACUGGCCUCCAGCGGCAUCUUCUGUCUGCGAUUCACAUGCAAAGGACUCAACCUGGCCUACAGAGUGAAGGCGUACCGCGCUGUGUGGGACUACUUGAAAACACUGAAGUUCACCUUAAAGAACAUUUUUGUUGGUGGCAGGUCCAUGGGGGGUCGUGCUGCUGCGGCUCUGUGCAGACAGCUGAGUGCUGGAACAGAAGGUGCAGUUGGAGGCCUCAUCUGUCUGUCCUUCCCCCUCCACCCCCCCGGACAGACGGACGCCCACCGGCAGCGCAGUGCGGACCUCAGGGAGCUGCCUGAACACAUGGAGGUGCUGUUUGUGUCUGGAACUGAGGACCAGAUGUGUGAGAAGAUUCUCGCCGACACAAACCCCAGUUCUGAGUCAAACUCCACCCACAGCAGAAGUCUGAAAACAGCUGCGAAGAAGGAAAGACUGAGACGGUGGUGAUCAGCAGAUGCUUUUCCAUCCGACAUCUGCGCAGAACUUCCAGAUAUUUACUAAAUGUUAGAUACCAGGUGUUCUGUUCGCCUUUCCAGAAGAACCCUCCUGUUCUCGUCAAUGUCUAGUGCACUAAUGCUGCCUUCAUGUGCUGUGGGAAUUAUGCUUAAUACUGUUUAUGAACUUUGCACAUGAACGCUGCGUCACGUCAUAUUUUUCACUGGAGAACUGGGACAAAUUUUUAUCCACAAACUGCCAAGAUGAAAAUAACUGUUCAACAUGU